AUGACUGACUCGGCCACUACCGGUCACUCCUUCAAACACUUCACCGAGAAGCUCAACACCGAGAACUUUGCCACAUGGCGACGUGAGAUGUUCACUGCUCUCAGUUAUCUUAACCUAGACCAAUACAUUCUAAAGGAAAAGGAUAAGAUAACCUCUAAAACUGAUUACGAUGAGAAGGCAAAACAAACCACCAACCUCAUCCGCAUGCACCUAGACGGGGAGAAUUUCUCCAGAUUCGUCGACGAUGACCUUGAAGAAUACAAGCCCAAAGAGCUGUGGGACUCCAUCUGCCAACACUACGCCACCAAAUCAUUAGAGAACGCGGCCAAGAUCAUGGAGAAGUUAACGACUUAUGACUUCUCAGUCGGAGAUACCUUUUCCACCAUCAAGGAUUUUCGAUCGACUUUCCAAUUAUUCAUUGAAGUAACUGCCAAAAAGUUUGACAAAACGACUGUAGAAGCGCUCUGGAUUUUCUGGAUCCUGAUCAAACUCCCGACCUCGCUGGCUCUAUUCAAAACCCUAAAGUUCUCUGUUUUCGGCGACUCCAAGGCCACUUUCUCCAUGAGCACCUUCCUUAGCGAGCUGGAACGUGAACUCUUACGACAAGCCGAGCCAACAGCAACGGCCAAUGCACUUGCGGUGACCAAAAACCAGGUCAAAUCAAACCAACCCAAACAGGGCAACAACGGACAACGUCGCAAACGAAGAGUCUGUGAAAAUGGGGUCCACAACCCUGAGACAAGCCACUCGGCAGAAAAUUGCCAUCAACUACAUCCUGAGCUAGCCAUCGCCUAUCACCAGGCAGCCUUGGACCGUAUCAACGGAGCCGGUAUCAACCCCAAGUCAGGACUCAGCGUUAACCGAGCUGUGACGGAUGCCAUCGUACUGGACAGCGGAGCCUCCGGGCACUAUCUCCGGAAGAAGGAAUAUUUCAAUACCUUCACGCCCAUCGACUCAGCCGUUUUUGGGGCUAAUGGAGCCUCCAUUCCCAUCGUAGGGGUGGGCAAAGCAGUGAUCCACACUGCUUCCGGACCGCUAGAAAUCGCCGAAGCCUACUUAGCUCCCGAUCUAGAGAUCGUUCGUUCGUACUCGGGUACCUGUUGGUACCUAGGUACCUGUUAA